ACGAACAAAUGGUACAGUAUUGCGCAGAAUAAGAGUCGAGGUAGUUCAAAAUACAGUGGAAGUCGAAUUGUCUGAUCAAGUCAAAACGGAAAUAUACGCUUUUGGGGAAGCUUCCUACAGAGAGAAUGGUUUGGAAGAUAGCUUUAUUUUUAACAUGGACUUCUGUCAGUCUGUUCUUUGCAACCACUUGGGCGAGAGAUCCUUGCACGGGACCCGGGUAUUUUGCUUGUGGGGAUGGCUCGUGCAUUCCAAGGGAGUUGGUCUGCAGUGGCUAUAGUGAGUGUCUUAACAGAGCGGAUGAGACGGACUGUGAGAUACUGCAUUGGUGUGGCGAGGAUUUCCCAUGUAGAUAUUCCAUGUUCGAUCCUUGCAUAGAUUACGGAGCCAGGUGCUCGGGUACUGCGGAAUGUCAGGAUGCUUCUGACGAACUAGGAUGCGGUCCACCGUAUUUUUGCAGAGCGGACCAAUUCUUCUGCCCAUCCGACUACACAUGCAGAGACUUCACGGAAUUGUGUGACGGUGUAAAUGACUGCCCUGGGUUUGAUGAGUCUUUCUGUCACCGUGUGUGUGGUGAGGAAGAGUAUCCGCUACCUUUCAAUGAGAUCGUAUACGUUGAUCACUUCACAAAUGAUAGAUUUCUUAGUGGAUUUUAUCAGUGUUCUUGGUAUGUUGUGGCUGAGGUGCACGCGUACAUUUUCAUUGAGGUGUUGCAUUUGCAAAUUCCAUCAUUCGGGAAGUUCCGUCUGUCGGCCGGGGUCGGGUCGGAUCCGACGGUGACGGAGACUGUGCUGUUCUCUACCGACGUUUCUACUGUUGAUAUGGGCAAGAUCUACGUGGGAAGCCAAACAACGCGGGCCUGGGUGUUAAUGCGUUCUAGUCGGAUCCGAGGAGAUGAACAGUUUGAGCCACAGGUUGCAUUGAAAAUAUACCAGCACCAGGAGAGACUGUGCCCUGCUGGAUUUACAAGCUGCUCAAAUGAAACUGAUGUGACGGUCUGCAUUACAGAGUCAGCUUUGUGUGAUGCUCAGUUUGAUUGUCCCGACUUCUGGGAUGAGAGCAGGUGUGAUGUUAAGCGAAACGAACUGUGUGGCGUUCGACAACUUCUUUCCUUGGACCCUGUGGGGAGGCGUGAGUUUCAAAUCCAUGCAGCUUACGACCCCUGGGCAAUCAGUACCGACUGUCUGUGGUUUGUCGACGUACCACCGGAGUCUCGAGUUGAAAUCAUCAUCCACACAUUUCCAGGAAACGACGCUUUAUUAAUGUUCGGCACGACACAUGAAAAUCAUACGGUGGAUCAGUCAGCGACGUUUCUUGUGGUCUCCAGGGAAAAAUGGGUUAUGCCUUCUGUGUAUACGCCAAUUGCAGGAGAACCACUGUGGAUCACAGCGCACUUGAUUUCGAGUUUAUUCGUGCAGAACGAGAUGGGGUUAGCCGCUUUCACAUUAAGAACAUUCAUGGAGAUAGAGUGUGGUUCGGAUGAGUUUGCGUGCUAUGGCUCUGAGCUCUGUCUACCGUUAAGUCAGCGAUGUGACGGUAUCCCACAAUGCCCCUCACUGAGUGACGAGAGGGGAUGCAAUGAAUGUGAGCCUCAUGUCUUUACCUGUGACGUACAUAAAUGUGUGGAGGAGAAACUGCUUUGUGAUGGUUUGGCACAAUGCCAAGACAUGACCGACGAGUAUCUGUGUGGACAUUGUGUGACCACGCCAGCAAUAGACCUGUCUGAUGGGGACAUUCAUCAACUAUCUUGGAUGCCAGCCAGCAGACAUCCAGGUGAUUGUCUGUUCUUCCUGACGGCAUCAGCUGAUCACCAGAUAUCGGUCCGCCUUCGCCGUAUCCCCCAGUUCUCCCUUGAUUAUCCGAAUCUGGAACUAGCUAUGGGCAACGGCCACAAUAUAUCCGACCAAUCCACGCGGCUUUUUAACGUCGGCUUCUUGCUGGAGAAUUCAUAUCGGGAAGUUGUCACAUCAUCGGGACCUUUGAUGUGGAUCAAGUAUAAAUUCGCUGAUUAUGCGAAUGACCAGGUGGACGUCUUUAACUCCGAAUCAAUCCUUUUGGAAAUGUCACAGAUCAGACAAGAUGCAUGUACAGACAACGACCACGCAUGCGCACCAGGAGAAUGUAUUAGCCAACAACAUGUAUGUAAUGGUUACGUUGACUGUUUGGACUACAGUGACGAAAUUGGAUGUGGUAAUUGUACCUCCAACGAAUUCCUGUGUCUUUCCGGUGAUAGAUGCAUUCACGAGACGAGCCUCUGUGACCAUGUAUCACACUGCUCGGACGGGUCUGAUGUGGAUGCGUGUGGUCCCUGUGGUCGAUCAUUGAUUGACCUUUCAUAUCGAGAAGCCAACUCUGCACAGUCCCGCAUUCUCACUUCUCCUGGAUACCCACAGCCGUACCCUCAGAGUCUCUCGUGCUCGUGGUUGGUGAAAGCUCCGGACGGUCAUCGGGCACUGGCAAAGAUAGAGGCAUUUCAGAUGAGCACAGACUACGAUACGGUGACCUUCGGCUGGGGCAUUGAUCCGACCGACGUGAAUUCCCGGAUUGGAUCGGAACUCAUGGGUCAGGAUCUAGGAUUGGCCUCAGUUGCUUCUCGAGACAAACACUUGUGGAUCAAGUUUACUUCAGGUCUUUCACCCUCAACUUACAGCGGGUUCUCGAUUCGCAUUGAGGCUCAGGAGACAGUGACCUGUGACGAUGGUCAGACGAUGUGCGGCGAACCUGAUACUCUGUGUGUAACAGAAAACGCUAGCGAGUAUCAGAAAUCGUAUCUCUGUGGGGAUGAUAUCUGCGGAAAGAGGAAAAUGCACCUGGGUGAGAAUAUUCCACACACUUUGACUUCUCCGAAUUACCCUAACGACUACCCCAACGACGUGAACUGUGUGUGGGAAUUUCAAGCUUCACGGGAGUUUUCAGCCAUUGUCGUGACCAUCUUGGAUUUCCAGACCGAAUCGAAAUACGAUAAGGUCAGAAUAGGAGGACCGGGACUGUAUCUCGGCGAUAUUGCUGAAGGUUCCACUAACAGUAUAAUCAUAACCGGAACAACACACAUCACUACGGUAACCUCACAGAUAUCUACGGUUAACGUCACCCUAACCACCGACUGGUCAAUUACGAAAAAAGGAUUCCAAAUGACGGUUGAAGCAUUUAAAUAUUUUCCGCUGGGUGAUUGUUCCGGUGAUUUGGAUCUACUGUGUGAAAAUACAACAAUCUGCAUAGCACCAGAUGGGGUUUGUAAUGGUUUCAAGGACUGUGCCUUUGGAUUCGACGAGCAGCAAUGCUACACAAUCGAUUGUUCUGGGUUCUUCCAAUGUAGUAGAAGCAGGGAAUGUAUAUUAUGGGAUAAAGUCUGUGAUGGAACCGAUGAUUGCUUGCUCGGUGAUGACGAGAUUCGCUGUGAUGUAAAUCGUUGUCCAAGUGGCUGUAAAUGUUAUUACAAGGAUAACGCACUCUAUGUCAUUUGUCAGUCGGGAUGGUCGACGGACACACUUGGAAACAUGGCAGCCACUACCGAAGUGCUUGAGCUGUCUUCUGGGUUUAUUAACGUCCUUGAGCCCGGCCUGUUUAAACGGUUCUUCAAGCUUCAAGCUCUGUACCUCACCGACAAUCACAUCCAAAGGAUACCACAUUGGUCUUUCGACGGCUUGCAGAAUCUGCUUUGGUUGAACAUAUCACUGAAUGAUUUCACCACUUUGGAAAGUAAUGCCUUCCAGGGUUUACACAAGUUGCAAGGGAUAGUCAUAUCUCACGUUCCCCUGUUAACCAUUGAGGAAUCUGCAUUCAACGGACUGCAGGAGUUACGAACAUUAGUGUUGAUUCGCGGAAGGUUUGCGCAUGCUCAGGAUGAACCUGUAAAUAUUCACCCUUCUGCUGUUCUGGACCUAACAAACCUUCAAACAUUAUAUCUCGAUGACCAUCGACUGUGCUGCGAGUUCCGAAAACGCGAAACAUUCGACGUUGACAAUUGUUUCACCACCGAACAACAGUCGCCCCUUUUCAAUUGCGGAAGUCUCAUGCAGAACACAUUUCUACGGGUUUCCAUGUGGUUCCUGGGUCUGAGCGCUGUCAUCGGUAAUCUAGGAGUAGUUGUUUGGCGGUCCUGGACAUCAGUGAACGGAAAUCUUGGUCACGGUACCAAAUACGUAAACAAUUUCCUCAUUUUGAACUUGGCCGUUUCCGAUUUUCUGAUGGGAAUAUACAUGGUGAUAAUCGCUGCAGCUGAUGUCUCUUUCGGUGAAGCGUACUAUAUGGUAGCUUCCGAAUGGAGACUGAGUGUUGUCUGUAAGCUUGCUGGUGUCAUGUCAGUUUUGUCCAGUGAAGCAAGCGUGUUCUUCAUUACACUCAUAAGUCUGGACCGGAUUUUAUGCAUAGGUUUCCCUCAUGGGAGAGUUCGGUUAGCCAAGUCAAAAGCUCGACGUGCUGCCUUAAUUAUUUGGGUAGUAGCGUUUGUAUUAAGCAGCCUACCGACAAUUCUAAUUGGUUCGGACACAAAUUCUGAUAUUUACGGUCUAUCCGACGUCUGUAUCGGCCUUCCUCUCAUAACUAAACCCGCCAGUUACGCUCUCAAAGAAGAUGACAUCGGUAACCCACUUGGUAGCCAGAGUUUUAAAAUUCCAAUCCCCCAGGAUCACAGGCCAGCUUGGGUCUACUCCAUCGUACUCUUCCUCGGCGUGAAUUUGCUCUGCUUCCUAACCGUCGCCCUUUGUUAUGUCUUUAUCUUUAUCAAAGUCCGAGAUUCCUAUCAACGAGUUCGAGGCUCGAGGAGCCGAGGCUCAACAGUUCAUCAGGCCGACAGGAAGGAAAUAAACAUGGCGCUCAGGAUGGCUGUGAUAGUUGGGACCGAUUUCUGUUGCUGGAUGCCUGUCAUUGUCAUGGGUCUUCUCUCUCAGAGUGGUGCCGUUACCAUUCAACCACACAUGUACGCCUGGACUGUGGUCUUCAUUCUCCCCAUCAACUCCUCCCUCAAUCCGUACCUGUAUACAAUAUUCAGCGUGGUUUCAAUUCGCUGUUCCACGAACGGCAGCAGUUCUACCAAAACUACCUCGGCAUUACGUACCAAGGGCAAGAACAAGAACCAGGUAGCAGAUACCGUCGUCGCUUGUAAAUGUGCCCACUCCUGUCCCGAGAGUGAAACACAUUUGUAGUGAGCCGGAAAAAAAGCUAAAAUACGGAGUGAGUCAAAAAAGCGGAACCCAAACCUCAAACAAUAUAUUUCAUAUUUACA